AGAAGUGAUGGUCAGUGCUGUCAAAGUGAAAGUAAUUCACCCAUAUCUGACGUGUCACUUGUGGUUUUUACUUCGAAUAUUUGCCCUUUUUUUUUUUUUUUUUUUUUUUGCCUUAAAACACUGUGAAAACCGCCCGUCUCCUUAUGUAGACUUUCUUCCUGACUUAGGUAGACAAGAUGGCAUCAGUUCCAGAGCAGCUUCUGGAAACACUGGAUGAGCUGGAAGAAAACAAACUGAAGAGGUUUACAUUUCAUUUAAAACAAGAAGGGUCAAUUUCAGCUGAUGACUUGGAAAAUGCAGAUGCCAUUGAUACAGUGGAUCAGAUGGUCAAGUGUUUUAAACCAGAAGAAGCUGUGAAGAUCACACUGAACAUCCUGAAGAAGAUGAAACACAACCAGCUGUCUGAACAGUUAGAGAACAAGUACAAGGAAGUGCACAAUGUUCCAGUGCAGAUCAGCAGUCCACCUCAGACUGGAGUCAGUGUUGAUCUAAAUCCUAAAACAGGUGCAAAUGUAAAUGCUCCUGUACUCACUGGAAACAUUAUCUCAGGCCCAGUUACCUUCAAUGUCACCUCAACUACUGGUGCUAUUGGGCUGCAGACACCCACAGAGGGACAGAUAUUUGGGAAGCAUGCAGGAAAACAAGAGGAUGAUGUCUUGCAAAAAGUCGUGAAAAAUUACAAAGGCUACAUGAAGGAGAAAACCGGACGUGUUUUUGAGGGCAAAAAAGAAAAUAAAAUGCAUCUCAAGAAGGUUUACACAGAACUCUUUAUCACUGAAGGUGAUUUUACAGAUGUCAAUCAUGAACACGAGAUUCUGAAGAUCGACAGAGCUUUCAAAACCCCAAAAUUUGAGGACACGCCAGUCAAUUACAAUGACAUAUUUAGCUUAUUAAGACAAAAGGCAGAAGGUAACAUUGUUCUGACCAAGGGAAUUGCUGGCAUUGGAAAAACCUUCUCUGUGCACAAGUUCAUUCUGGACUGGGCUGAAGGAAAAGCCAAUCAACAUAUAGACUGCAUGUUCCUGCUUCCUUUCCGAGAGAUUAACUUGAUUAAAGAUAAGGAGUUCAGUCUCCAUGAGUUUCUACAGGAAUUUUAUCCUCCACUUCAAGAACUGAAGGAUACAAAGUUGUCUGAAAGUUGUAAGCUUGCUUUUAUUUUCGAUGGACUUGAUGAGAGUCGUCUUCCGUUGAAUUUCAAUUGCAGUUCACUGCACUCUGUAAAUACACGGUCAUCUGUUGAUGCUUUGUUUACAAGUUUAGUCAAAGGGAAACUUCUUCCAUCAGCUCUCAUCUGGGUGACCUCACGACCUGCAGCAGCCAAUCAAGUCCCUCCUGAGUAUGUUGGUUUGCUCACAGAGGUGCGAGGAUUUACUGACCUACAGAAGGAGGAAUACUUCAGAAAAAGAAUCAAGGAUGAGACUCAGGCCUCCAAAAUCAUCUCACACAUUAAGACAAAUCGUAUUCUCUACAUCAUGUGUCACAUUCCAGUGUUCUGUUGGAUCGCAGCUACUGUUCUUCAUGAAAUUCUCAUCAAGAACAAUGGGGAAGACAUUCCUUCAACACUUACUGAAAUGUACGUUCACUUCUUACUAAUACAGAUGAACAUGAAGAACCAAAAGUAUGAUGAAAAAACCGAAAGAGAUCGUACAAAGCUCUUGGGUUCAAACAAAGAAAUGAUCUCAAAGUUGGCUAAACUGGCAUUUGAACAGCUGAAGAAGGAAAAUAUAAUGUUCUACGAAGAUGAUUUGAAAGCUUGCGGCAUUGACGUAAGCGAUGAGUCAGAGUCUACGGGAUUGUGCACUGAGAUCUUUAAGAAAGACUCUGUGCUUCAUGAGAUGAAGGUUUAUUACUUCAUACAUCUGAGUGUCCAAGAAUUCCUUGCUGCUCUGCACAUGUUCCUCUGCUACCUGAACAAGAACAUGGAGGAGCUUGAUUUUUUCCUGGAGAAUUCACGUCCCGAGAAAGACCUGCUGUACAAGUUGCUGAAGAAAGCUAUUGACAAAGCCAAGGCAAACAAGAGGGGGCAUUUCGAUCUCUUCAUCCGGUUCUUGCUGGGCAUUUCUCUUGAGUCUAAUCAAAAACUCCUCACUGGCUUGUUGACCCAAACAGAGGAGAGUAAGAGAAGCAUCAAUAAAAUUAUCGAGUACAUCAAGCAAAUGCAAAACCUCGAUAAAUGCCCUGACAAAUCCAUCAACCACUUUUUCUGCAUCCUCGAGCUGCAGGAUAGAUCCCUAUACCAGCAAAUCAAGAAAUAUCUGAGCUCAGAUGUCAUUGACAAAUGUAGAAAGAUCUCAACCUCAAACUGCUCAGCGCUGGUCUAUGUGCUUCUGAUGUCAGAAGAGGUGCUGGAUGAGUUCAACCCAAAGAAGCUCAACCCAACAUAUUCUGGAUGUAGGAGACUGGUCCCAGUAAUGAGAUGUUGCAGAAAAGCUCUGUUUUCAGACUGUGGACUGACAGAAACAUGCUGUGAAACUGUAGCUUCAGCUCUUCGUUUAGAGAACUGCCCCCUGAGAGAGCUGGACCUGAGUGACAAUUACAGUAUUGAAGCAGGAGUGAAGCUGCUCUGUGCUGGACUGAAGAGUCCUCACUGUAAACUAGAGACACUGAGGUUGGUCCGGUGUCAUUUUGGCCAGGACAGCUGCAAGGAGGUGGUGUCUGCUCUUGAGAUGAUAUCAUGUCAUUUCAGUGAGCUUGACCUCAGCAGCAAUGAUCUGCAUGACUCUGGACUCCAACAGCUCUUACAUGGAAUGGACAGCAAAGAGAGAAAGCUAAAGAUUCUGAGGUUGGGCUGGUGUAACCUCACUGAGAAGAGUUGUGAGGUCCUUUCCUUAAUUCUCAGCUCAGAGUCCCUCCUGAGUGAGCUGGACCUCAGUAAUAAUGACCUGCAGGAUUCAGGAGUGAAGCUGCUCUCUGAUGGACUGAAGAGUACAAACUGUAAACUAGAGAUACUGGGAUUGUCUGGCUGUAUGGUGACAGAAGUCGGCUGUUGUUAUGUAACUUCAGCACUGAGGUCAAACCCUUCACACCUGAAAGAGCUGGAUCUGAGCUACAAUCACCCAGGAGAAUCAGGGGUCAAAAUGCUCUCUGAGAGACUUAAUGAUCCAAACUGCAAACUGGACAAGCUCAAAACUGAUCCUAAUGGUCAACACUUCAUCAAGUCAAGGAUAAGAAAGUAUGCCUGUGAUCUCACACUGGAUCUAAACACAGCACACGUUGAGCUCUUUCUCUCUGAUGAAAACAGACGGGUGACACGAGUAACAGAGAAACAGCCAUAUCCUGAUCAUCCAGAGAGAUUUGAGCACAGUAAGCAGGUUCUGUGUAGAGAGAGUCUGACUGGACGCUGUUACUGGGAGGCUGAAUGGAGCGAUUCAAGGGGGGUGUUGGGGGUGGCGUACAAAUCCAUACCUCGCAAAAAUGAUAAUCUUGCUAUUGGGGUGCCCAGUCAUCUUGGAAACAAUUAUGUUUCAUGGAAACUUACCUGUGGGGUGAUUACAUAUGUUUCUCACGAUAAAGCGAACAUUAACAUAAAGACUCCAAUCACUCGUCCGUGCAGAGCAGCAGUGUAUGUGGACUCGACGGCCGGCACUUUGUCUUUUUACAGUGUUUCUGACACACACACACUCAAACACUUAUACACAUUUCUCACUUCCCUUAAGGAACCUCUUUAUGCUGGAUUUAAGGUGGAUAGUGGCACUUUGUCCUUGUGCCAGGUGGAGUAACCUGAAGCCCUCUUCAGAAUAACAUUUAUUCGCUUCAGAAAAUCAUGCUCAUUUUGUCUUGUAUUCCAGUAAAUAUAUCUAAGAAAUAUAAGAAAUUAAGACAGAAAAUGUCUCUUGAAGUUUAUCUUUCUUACCACCCCCCACCCCCCACCACCCUUUUUUAUAGGAGAAGAAGCUUGUUAAUAACACUUUUAUAACACUGAAUAUGAGCUGUAUUGGGUUGCAUGUUACUUGUGAUAUUUGGAGGUAUGUGGUUUGUAUGUUGGUAUGUGGUUUUUGCAAUACGAGUGUUAGUACAGGAAGAAUUUCCCAGUGGUGGGACAAAUUUUGACCAGCUGGGAUUUUUCAAGUAAUUUAGCUUUUUGUAGUAAGACUGGAAGCCUAUUUUGACCCAAUAAUUGCAGUUAAAUAAAAUCAGUUAAAAGAUUAAUUUUUAUUAUUAUUUAUCAUACUCCAAUAAAGUAAAAAAAAAAAAAAUAUUGUGUUGUAUAAAGGUGCACUCAGUAAUUUUUUGAAGCAUGUCGAAGAAUGGCUUACACUGACACCUAGUGGCCUGAAUGAAGCAUCAUUCAGAUACAGUUGUUAUCAGUUCCCAGUUCCUUUGUAGAAAUUCACUGUGCACAGUAAACCAGGAUUCAUUUAAUCCAUGAGUGAAAGUAUCCAAUAACAGGACGGUUAUUGAGACUAAGCUAGUAGUGUUCAGCUGGUCAUGUGAUUCUAACAUGGCUGCCCCCAUGAGGUGCCCCUGCUCCAUGCAGAAUAAAACAGCUUUUAUAAGGUUACUGAUAUGACUGAACUCUUCAUCUCACAUGAAUGGUCAUGAUUUUAUACCUAUGUUUCAAAAUUACUAUUAAUUUCUUUAGGCGUAAAACAUUUUAAAUGAGGAAAAAAAUUAAAUUAAGGAAAAGUAUUUCACAGAAAUUGAUAAGAUAAUAAACUAUAAAAUUAUGUUAAAAAUCCUUAUACAGAAAUCACCAACAACUGCAAAUAUCAUGGAUAUUCAUUGAUCAAAAAGAGUGGAAACCCAGGUAGUAUUGAUACAGUGAUUAGUGAAUGGAUAGAAGUUAUAAUCACUUGAGCAUUCAAAGCUAUCAGUACUAAAAAUAAAGAUUUUUUAAACCUUUGAAGCAAGCAAAGUUAUUAAAGUUACAACAUUAAAAAUACAAACAGCAGAAUGGAAAAUGCUGACAUAAAAUGUUAAACUUUAAAUUUAAACUACAUUUAUACUGAAUAUAAACUAAUAAAACUAGAAAACACCCUAUUUUAGAUAAACAGAGUAGAAAUAUUGUCAUAAUCGACAGAAGUUAACUAAGUAUGAAAAAAGAAGAGCCCCUUUAAGGCUGCACAGGAGCUUAAGUGAAUUAGUAAAUAAUUUAUGCCAACUCAAGCAUUUACAUUUGUUUACAUUAGAACGUUUACAUAGAUGA